AUGCGUUCUUCUACCUUGGCAGUCACUGCUGCUGCAUCCGCUGGCAUUGUUAAUGCCGCAGCAAAUUCUACUCUCAGUGAUAUCUGCACAACCUCCUACAUCCAACAAUCCCUUCCGGACCCCGCUACUAUUGGCCUUGCCAUCACUCUCAACUCUGCAUCCGUCACGGCUAACGCAGUCUCCAACACUACUACUACUGGCAAUACCUUCUUCCCAGAUGCGAUAAUCAGUUAUUGUAAUGUAACUUUCACCUAUUCUCACACUGGAAGAGAGGAUUCAGUACUUGUCCAGUAUUGGUUGCCGGCCCCAGCAAACUUCCAGGGUCGCUACUUGUCUACUGGAGGUGGUGGUUAUGCGAUCAAUUCUCAAGACCAAUCACUUCCUGGUGGUAUUAUCUAUGGUGCCAGUGCAGCCCACCACGAAUUGAGCUUGAUCGGAAAACAGUUCACAAAGAAUGUGUUCGGCAUGGGAGACAGCAAGCUUUAUUCUUACUAUCAAGGAUGCUCCGAGGGUGGACGUGAAGGAUGGAGUCAGGUUCAACGCUACGCUGAUGAAUGGGAUGGCGCUAUCACAGGUGCUCCAGCCAUGCGAUUUGCCCACCAACAAGUCCAGCAUCUUUACUCCAACGUGGUUGAAAAAACCCUUGGUUACUAUCCACCACCCUGUGAGCUGGAUAUGAUUGCGAACCUCACAAUCGCUGCUUGUGAUCCUAUGGAUGGCAGGACAGAUGGUGUUGUUGCCCGUACAGAUCUUUGCAAAUUAAACUUCGAUCUGAACUCCACACUUGGUGGGGUAUAUUCAUGUGCUGCAACUCCCGCUUCUACAAACCCAUAUAACCCUAAGCCCACACUUCCAGCACAAAAUGGUACUAUUUCGGCUGAAGGUAUUGCAGUCGCUGCUAAGAUUAUCGACGGUCUCCGCGACACCCAAGGUCGCAGGGCUUAUUUAUCCUAUCAGCCAGCUGCAGCUUUUGAUGACGCUGCCACCACAUACAAUGAUGAGACCAACAGCUGGGAGUUGUCUAUCAGCUCGCUUGGAUCUGAGUUCCCUGUACGCUUUGUUGAACUUCUCGAUGCCUCUACCUUUGAUGCUGGUACCUUCGACAACGUCACCUACGACACACUUAGAGAUUGGAUGUACACCGGAUGGCAAAUGUAUGAAGAUACAUUGCAAACCACUUGGCCCGACCUCACCCCAUUCCAAGCAGCAGGUGGAAAGGUUCUUCACUUCCAUGGUGAAUCAGACAAUAGUAUCCCUACCGCCUCAUCUGUCCGUUAUCACGAGUCUGUCCGCUCUGUCAUGUAUCCCAACAUGACUUUCAAUGAGAGUACCGAGGCCCUCGGCGACUGGUAUCGUCUUUUCCUGGUUCCCGGAGCAGCUCAUUGUGCUACCAACUCGUAUCAGCCCAAUGGACCAUUCCCUCAAACCAACCUCGCUGUUUUGAUCGACUGGGUCGAGAAUGGCAAAACACCUACUACUCUCAAUGCCACAGUUCUCCAAGGCGAGUUCGAGGGAGAGGAACAACAAAUUUGCGCUUGGCCAUUGAGACCAAUGUGGUCUAACAAUGGAACUACCAUGGCUUGCGAAUACGAUCAAGCUUCCAUUGAUAGUUGGAUCUACGACUUUGACUCCUUCCCAAUGCCAGUCUACUAG